AGUUUGGCCUAAGUAUGAGUGUGGGCAUUUGACAAGAAAGGAGGCUGUGAAGGGAAGACUAAGUCUGUACCUACUUUGACCUCUGCCUUCUCCACACACCCCAUGUUGAUGACAUCUAUUGAGAAACUACCAUGGGCCAGACACAGUGACUUAUGGUGCAAAGAGGAUCCACAAUUUGCCCCGGGUGAAGGCAGAAGCCCAGGUUCUCCACUCAGCCCCUGUUGGCAUCUCCAGGGCACAUUGCUGCUACUGCACAGAGGCGUGAGCCCGGCCUCAGUGACCCUGGCCAGUGCCCUGCAAGUCAGGGGCGAAGCUCUGUCGGAAGAGGAAAUCUGGUCCAUCUUGUUGCUGGCUGGGGAGAGGCUCCUGGAAGACCUCCGCAAUGACUCCUCCGACUAUGUGGUCUGCCCCUGGUCAGCCCUUCUUUCUGCUGCCGGAAGUCUUUCUUUCCAAGACCACGUUUCUCACUUAGAGGCUGCUCCUUUCAAGGCCCCCGAACUAAUACAGGGACAGAGUGAGGAGGAGCAUCUGGACGCAGCACAGAUGCAUGUCUACUCCCUAGGGAUGACCCUCUACUGGGCUGCAGGAUUCCGUAUCCCGCUAAGCCAGCCCCUGCGGCUCCACCAGCCCCUGCACACCCUGCUGCUGGCCAUGUGCGAAGACCAGCCCCGCAGGCGGCGCCCACUGCAUGCCGUCCUGGAAGCCUGUCGGGCCCAUCAGGAGGAAGCGGUUGUGUCCCCAGUCCUUGCCAGACUCCACGUGCGGCGGCUGGUGGGCUUAGUUCUGGGCACGCUGUCCGAGGUGGAGAAAAGAGUUGUGCAAGAAGACAUCUGUACACAGCAGAGCAGAAGCUACCUGCUCAGGAGGAGGCUGCAGCCACAGAGCGGCCAGAGCUCCGAGGCCCUGGCCCCGGACCGACCGCAGCCCCACAAAGAACAAUGCAUAGAGACGCAGAGCUCCGGGGAGCCCCGCUGGAGCAGCUCAGCACACAGCCACUGCAAUCUGUUUGAGAACAGCCCGCUCGCAGGUGCCGCGCCUCUUGGCUGGCAGGAUGGCCCGCGGAGCAGCUCGGGGUCCAUGCUCCCGGCAGAAGCAGAGAGCCCGAGAUCAGCGACACCCCAGCAGGGUUUCCUGCAGAGGAAGGGAAAGUUCUCCAGGCCGGAGUUCCUCUUGCUGGCUGCCGAGGCCCCCGUGACACUGCACCUGCCCGGAUCUGUUGUGACAAAAAAGGGGAAGUCCUACUUGGCUCUCAGGGACGUCUGUGUGGUUCUGCUGAGCGGGCAGUGUCUGGAGGUGAAAUGCGACAUCGAGUCCACAGUGGGAGCUGUCUUCGAUGUCGUCACAUCCUUCAUCAACCUUGGGGACGUCACCUACUUCAGCUUGGCUUAUGUGAAAGGCAAAGAGUUCUUUUUCCUGGACAAUGAAACCAGAUUGUGCAAAAUAGCCCCUGAAGGAUGGAGGGAGCAGCCACUGAAGACGUCCACAGAUACCUUCACGCUCUUUCUGCGGAUCAAGUUCUUUGUGAGCCACUGUGGGUUGCUCCAGCACAGCUUGACCAGGCAUCAGUUCUACCUGCAGCUACGUAAGGACAUCCUGGAGGAGAGACUGCACUGUGACGAUGAGACACUGCUGCAGCUGGGUGUCCUUGCCCUUCAGGCUGAGUUUGGCAGUUACCCGAAGGAGCAGGAAGAGAGUAAGCCGUAUUUUCGAGUUGAAGAUUACAUCCCUGCCACUCUGAUCCAAAGGAUGACUGCUCUCCGGGCCCAAGCAGAAGUCUCAGAGAUGCACCAGCUCAGCUCUGCGUUGUGUGGAGAGGAUGCGGAGCUGGAGUUCUUGAGGAUAACUCAGCAGCUCCUGGAAUAUGGGGUUCUGAUUCACCGGGUGUUCCCAGAGAAGAAGAGGCUGGAAGGGGAGAUGGCCUUGGGGGUCUGCGCCAAAGGUGUCAUCGUAUAUGAAGUGAAAAACCACAGCAGAAUUGCAACCUUAUGGUUUCCAUGGAGAGAAAUUGGGAAGAUUUCGACUUAUCGAAAAAAAUUCACCAUCACCAGCAGCCUCACCGGGAAGAAGCACACGUUUGUCACAGAUUCAUCCAGGACUUGCACAUAUUUACUGGGCCUCUGCUCUGCUCAGCACGGCUUCCACGCGCAGGCAGGCUCCGGGCAGCCUCCUCGCCUCUUAACUGGCCAGCAGAAGGUUGUGCAAACAGCCAGUUUGAGUCCUGCCCACCAGGCCCCAUGGAAGCCUCUCAGCUGGAAUCAGAGACUGUCAUACUCAGAAAACGAGUUGUUUGCACCCAAGGUGCAGGAUGGUGUGGGAGACCUGCUGAGCGUGUCGCUGGAGAACUUCAGCUCUAAUGGCACCAAGGAGAUUGGGGUAGAAGCAGUCAGAGGCAGCCCCUGCACUGGCCAGGAGCAUCAGGACAGUGCCUGUUUGAUCCAGAAGCCAACGACUUGUGACCUUCUUUGGGGGCCACUUGUUCAGAGCAUGUGCCCAGGGUCACAGAAGAACCGGAGAGAGAGCUUCAUCCCUGAGCUGGGUCGGGAACUCGUGCACGUGGCGCUGAGGCGUGACCCACACCGUGGCUUUGGUUUUGUUAUUAAUGAGGGAGAAGAUGUAGGCCAAGCGAGUCCUGGCAUUUUUAUAUCUUCUAUUAUACCUGGAGGACCAGCAGCAAAAACUAAGAAGAUCAAACCAGGAGGGCAGAUCCUAGCCUUAAACCACAUCAGCCUGGAGGGCUUCACAUUCACCAUGGCGGUUAGAAUGAUUCAGAAUUCUCCUGACCACAUAGAGCUCACCAUUUCUCAGGCAGAAGGUGUUUGUGGAAAUGCCCCCAGGGAAGGAAAGGACAGCAUGGCCAUUUCUGGCGUCUUCUCUACAGACAUCCUGAGUGCCGGGCACCCGGGCAGAUUGUCACCACACACAUACAACCAGCACAGAGACCCUGAGGAGCAGGAAACGGCCCAAGCACAGAGCCCCACACCCCAGCAGAGGCCUCCAUGCUCGCCUCUGCCAGUGAAGGGUGUUGGUACUUCUUCACCUCCAUCACCUCUGGAAACCAACUCAGGUGAAAUCUACUUUGUAGAGCUGGUUAAAGAAGAUGGGACCCUUGGAUUCAGCGUGACGGGUGGUGUCAACACAAGCGUGCUCCACGGAGGAAUCUAUGUGAAAUCCAUCAUCCCUGGAGGCCCAGCUGCCAAGGAAGGGCAGAUCCAGCAGGGUGAUCGGCUCCUGCAGGUAGACGGAGUGAGUCUGUGCGGCCUCACCCACAAGCAAGCUGUGCAGUACCUCAAGGGUCCUGGGCAGGUUGCAAAGCUGGUCUUAGAGAGAAGAAGCCUAGGCAUGGCACAGCAGCAUCCUUCUGCUAAUGACAGGAUGGGAGACGAACAUGCGGCGGUUUCCUUGGUAACAGCCCUGCCUGGCAGGCUUGCAAGCUGUGUCUCAGUGACAGAUGGUCCUAAGUUUGAAGUCAGGCUGAGAAAGAACACCAAUGGCCUGGGGUUCAGCUUCGUGCAGGUGGAGCGGGGAAGCUGCAGUCUCCUUCAGAGUGACCUCAUUAGGAUUAAGAGGCUCUUUCCAGGGCAGCCAGCUGAGGAGCAUGGGGCCAUCGCGGCUGGUGACAUCAUCCUGGCAGUGAACGGAAGGCCCACGGAGGGCCUCGUCUUCCAGGAGGUGCUCAAUCUACUUCGAGGGCCGCCCCAGGAAGUCACACUCCUCCUUUGCCGACCGCCCCCCGGUGUGCUGCCUGAGAUGGAGCCAGUGUGGCAGACACCGAUGGGCAAAGAAUUCACCAGGACGACAUGUACAGAUUCAGAGCAGAGCCCCAGCCUGGAUCAGGAGGACAGCUGGAGGGACAGCACCUCCCUAGAUGCAGGAGAAGGCCUGGCUCUUGGAGGGGCGCAAGGGAGUCAAGACAGGGACAGACCCUGGGCCAAGUCCUUGGCACUUCCCCUGCAGUCCCAUCACUUAUGCCAGCGUCACAAAGAUUCAGAGGUGUCACCCCUGGCUACCCCUUUGGAACAGGAUAUGAGGCAGAACUGCUAUUCUGUGUGUGACAUCAGGAGACUUAGCAGGGACCAUGUUGAAGGGGACACGUGCUAUCCACCAGAAACCCUCUUCCUCACCUGGGAGGAUGAAGAGUACCUGAGCAUCCACUGUACGUCCGAAGGCCAGCUGCCCUGUGGAGACUGUUUGGAGGUGGAUUCGGGGACCAUUCCAUUGCCACAGUUCUGUUCUGGGCAUGCUUGUCCAGAGUCCUGGCCACUGGAAAGGAGUCAUGGGAGUGACAGUGAGUGGGAAGACCUGGAGGACCCUGAGGACACAAUGAGCAACACCCUCAGUUGCAGGUGGAAGCCUUCUGACUUACACAACUGGCUGGCCCCAAAUUCUGUCCUCGAGGACCCUGUCUGUCAAUGACUCAAAGACAGAGGAGGCUGAGAAGCUGAAGAUGAAGGGAUGAGCCAACUUGGGGUUUGUUGAGGAUCUGUUUGUGUGGAGCAGGCUGUGUCUGCUGUGAGUCAUGCUGGGCUGUACAGAGAAGUAGCUUCUGGGCUGUGCCUUACCUUGAGUGUCUCCACUUAUGAAUCAGCCAUUUGCUCCAUUUUGGGUGCAGAUGCGGAAGCAGGGUGACAUGGUGACUUGUCUGAGCACACAGAUUACCACCAGAUAUCGGACACCCCACACCAAAAAGACCAAAAAGAACAACCUGGCUGCCCAGCACAAUCCCAAGGCACCAAAUGAUGCCCACAUUAGUCAUGCUACUAAGAGUGUCCCCCUAUGAACUUAUCGGGUUGCAUUGGGGGUGCAUGGACACAUGAUGCAUCAGAGCCACACCAGAGAAACCAGACGUGUGAGCCACGGGACACCCCAGACCAGUGAGUGUUGCAACCUCUCCCUUGGGUCAUAGAGAAGGAGGGGCUCCCAACACUGGGGCCAGCUGUAAUACAUCAACUUGCCAUCUCAUCCAACCUCCUGGAGAAUGCAUCAUGACGAUGACAGGCCGAACCACAGCUCUCUGUCCCCAGCCUCAUCUCCCUGCUUGAUGCAGCCCACUUGAACUGCCUGAUGUCCAAACUCGGGCUUUGAAUGAGUUCUGCGUGCUCAGCAAGCCCUGUGCCUGGGACAAACUCUGCUGGUCUGUAGUCGUACCUGGGCAUCCGUAGUGACUUUUCGCAACUGUGUGCUUCCCACCUUUGAUUUCAGUCCUGCCUCUAGCAAUCCCGCAGUCACCAUUAACUGAGCCACUCUGUAACCUGUACAUUAUAGUGUGCAGUAUGCUGGGUAGCUCGAGUGUCAUGGAUCUUGGUAAUUUGGAAUGGAGUAAAAGAAUUAUGAUGGUCUUGCUCAUGGCUAUCAAGUGAGAUACUCAGUGAUAUAAAGCUAACCCAUAUUGGUGCAGCUUGUGAAUUUAUUGUUAUCCUAUAAAUUCAGACAUUGUGGAGAGACAUGACAUGCCUGGCCCACGCUAACAGCUCACCUAUGGAAUGCGUUCUCAUUGAUAGUGUCUUUUGUGCUCUCCACAGGGUGGGUGAAGUUGCUGCUGUAAAAGGGGAAGCUCUCUUCCACUUCUUUUAUGAAUGCACUAAUUCUAUUUGUAUGGAGUUCUGCUAUCAUGACUUAGGGACCUCCUUAGGGCCCCAUCUCACACUAAGGAAUGAGUUUCCACGUAUAUAUUUGGUGAUGAUGGUGGGGAGACAUUGGGGUGAUAGCAAUAGCCAAGCAAUAGUACAGGCCAGGCACAUCCUGGAGUCACUGUCAGACACACAUGAUGAUGUGGACCCAAAUUGGAGAGAGAGCCAGAGCUCCAGCUCCUGCAGGGAGUGCAGUGAAAGAAUCACCCUCCUAUGACUGAUGAAUCACAAAAAGUGGCUCUCAUUCCCAAGCAGGUGGAUGAUGGGCACAAAACCAUGCAGAUAGCCUCUAUUUCCCCAUGGACCUGGUACAUUUAUCAUCACAUGAAUGGCACAAACUACACUCUGGUGGCUGAGAGAAGUGUUGUAAGCCCACGGCCUUGUGAUGGAAAUUUGAAAAAUCAACUGGUAGUCUGAUGCCUUGUUAGGACAAAAUAUGAUUAUCUAGCCAACUGCAUAACUCAACAGUUAGACUCAGUCAGCCUUGACUGGCUAUGCCCAACUGCAAAUUAUAGAUAGCCUGACCCAGCUCAGUCUGACCACACUUAGUACACACCCUGUACUUUCUGGCCACAAAUAUGUCUGUUUAACUAACUUGUCUCAAGGACUUUCUGUCCAGCAACUAGAAAUGACCAGCACUACCCAGUAGAAAUCCAUCACACUUUCAAGUUCCCGUACUUCUUGCUUGCAAAACCUAUAUAAGCCAAUUCCAAAAUCAGCUCAGGGCUGAUGCUUUUGGGAGUAACCCCCAUCAGCCUGCUGGCAUAAUAAAGUUGGUUGCCUUCUAA